AUGUCAAACAAGUCAUUGAUAAGCAAGUUCCUCCUGGCUGGUUUUUCGGACUGCCAAAACUGCCAGAUACCCAUCUUUUCUGUAUUCCUUUUCAUUUAUAUUUUCACAGUCUUAGAAAACAUGACCAUCGUGUUAUUGAUCAUACAAAACAGCAAACUUUGGAAGCCCAUGUAUAUAUCCAUAGGUAAUCUUUCCUUCUUGGAGACUGGGUACAUUAAUGUUACACUUCCCAAUAUGUUAUUCAACAUCAUCACAGGAAAUCAGGAAAUAUCCUUUGAUGGAUGUUUUGCUCAGUUGUUCUUAUUUGUCUUUCUGUGUGCUGCUGAGUGCUAUCUCCUGGCCACCAUGGCUUAUGACCGUUACAUAGCAAUCUGUUUGCCACUACAAUACACCAUCAUAAUGUAA